UGCACUUCAUACCUUCUCUUGAAAACGGCUGUGUGAGAGAGAGAGCUGGGGGGGGGGUUGGUUCCCUCCAGCAAGCAGAAAAGGGCCUCCAAGCGGGAGUUGGGAGUUCUGGCUUGAAGGACGUCUACAAGAAGGUCCAACCUGCAAGAAGAAGAUCCAUGAGAAACGGUUACGCCCGAGUGAGAAAGACUAUAAAAGUUGACUUUGGCUUCCUGCGGUUCUCGAACGAGUGAACUUCCUGUGCCAAGCAGCUUUUUGACCUCCAUUUUAUGGCGUCUGCCUUUGAGGAAGCACCGGUGGUUGGGUUCCCCUUCUUCAUUGCUGGGGUGUCGCUGCUCUCUGCCUGCUUUGUGGCGCUCUGCGUAGCCUGCAAAAGGAGAGAUGAGAGCAAGCUGUCUUCCCAGGAUGAUGAACAGGUGUUGUGUGAUGAACCUGCUGUGCCAGGACCGAUGGCACCCUUGGCAAUUGGAGGCUCACUGCCCAAUCUGCAGCAGGACAGCGGGAGUGAUCCAGGGGUUGCAAACAUCGCACCAGCCCUGCUGACUCUUCCUCGCCUGUCGGACAAAGACGAUGACACGGUGGGCAGCUGCAGCUUCUACUUCCUCCCUCAGGGGGACCUGCCCAACGUCUUGCUUUCUCCAGAGGUGACCUACUCCAACCUCAGCUUCCCAAAACGAGGGGAGGUGACGCUGUGCGAAUCCCAGAGAGUGGAGGCAGAAGAAAACCAGAACAGUCAUCCUGCGGCUGAUAAGAUAGUGGAGAACGUCCAGGCAGGUGGACCCAGCUAUGCGUGUGUUGCGAAGAAGAAGAAGAAGAAGAAGGAGGAGGAGGAGGAGGAGAAAAAGAAGGCAACCAAUGGCAAACAAACCUGGAUGGAGAUGGAUAAACCACAAGAGAUGUCUCAUCUCACUGGCACGGCGAUACCUCCGCCAACAAAAGAGGUAGGAGAAGUUUUUAAGUGGCCUUCAAGAGAAACGUUCUUGUUAUGUUCAAAAAUGGUGAUUCUCAUUGUUAGAUCUCCCCUCCUAAGCGCUGUUCUGACCAAGGCUUCCUGA